AUGGCGAGCAAUAAAUCAUCGAAAGUUUGUGAAGUUGAAGGAACUGUAUGUAAAAAAGAAGUACAAGCUUUGUGUUAUCAUUGUUCAAAAAAUCUUUGUCGUAUUCAUUUAAUUCAACAUGCACAAUUAAUGGAAGAUACAAUACGAACAAAAUUGAAUGCAUUAGCUGAUAAAUUUAAUGAAUUAUCAUUAAGAUUUGAUGAUAUUUCUAUGUCGGAUAAUAUUCUUAAAAAACCUUUUGUUCAACUAGAAAAAUUACGUGCUGAAGCACAUGAAAAAAUUGAUCAAAUAGUGGAGAAUAAACGUCAAGAACUUAAUAAUGAACUUGAUAAAUAUCGAAAAGUUUUUCUUGCAAAAAAUGAAGAGCAAUUAAUAAAAAUGAACAAUAGUAAGAAAAUAAUUACAGAAUUGAUUCAAGAAUCUGAUGCAUCUGCUAAUCAAAUUGCUGAUCUUCAGACAUCAAUUAAUGAAACUGAAAAAUAUUUGAGUUCGUUUAUCACACAUAAAAUCAAUGUUAUCGGUACAACACCAAUUUGGCACGUUAAUGUUUAUAGUCAAUUAUUUGGGUCUCAAUCUACAUUAACAAAUGAAUUACGAGAGUUUAAGGUUACUUACGUUCGUCUGAAUGGCAACAUUCGAAAUUAUUACGUUAAGACAAAAAAAGAUGGAAAAAUCAGUGAUUUAAUAAAAAGUUUUAUACAGCAGUAUUGUUAUAUGGAACAACUUAAUCAGCCACUGCAGACUUCAAUGGAUACUAUUAAUCAUCACCCAAAAUAUAAUUUUAUCCUACCCGUUGAAGUUUAUAACAGUAGGAUUCAUUUGCAAUUCAGAGAAAAUAACUUACUAAAUAAUAUUCUGAAUCGUGAUUUGAUUGUUUUCUACGAAACACCGUAUCCAUUGGAUGAUGAUAACUCUACAAAAAUUCUUAUGCCAUGUCAUUUUCGGCGACAACCAAACAAAAGUUUGUUUGCAUUACCUAUCUUUCUCAAUGUACCUCGUCAAGAAUGUCGUGGUCAACAUAUCCUCGAUGCAUUACAUGAUUUAUUGGAAAAAUAUCUCCCACUUAAUCCUAUAACUGAUCAACAGCUGUACGAGGCAUAUCUUCAAGUUACAAUUAAUUCCUUAUCAUCGAAGAUAACGAAUUUGAAUGAUCUUUUACAAAGGGAAAUCAUCUUCAAAGAACGAACAACGAAACUAAUUGUAGAUAUCAAUAGUCAGAUUGCUGAUGAAUAUGAACGAAAUAUUUUGAAUCGAAUCAGUUUCUAA